AACUCCAAUUCAAAGCGGUUUUGUCUUAUGUUUUAAUAAAUUGUAUUGUAAAAGUAUACUUAUUCAAUCAUUUAUUUAUUUGUUAAUGGUUAAUUAUAUCGGUUAAUGGGUUAUUAUACCAUCAAUCAAUUAGGAUUGUUUAAAAUAAUUAUGCCGAAUACGUUUUUGCUUGUUUUCAUUUUUUUAUACUAGUUACAAUUUGUAAAAUAUAAAAUAAUUUGCCAAGUUUAAACAAUAAAAAAAAGUUAUAUUUUGCAAAAGUAAAAAUGGAUGACGACUACGAUGAAUAUCGUCGCUGGGAUGGUGAUGUCGAUGUUGAAACUGAUGAUAAUGAUGAUAUACUAGAAAAUCCACAAGAAACCUUAACUCAAUGUUUAGAAAAGUUUAGUAGUGCCGAUUAUAUAAUGGAGCCUGGAAUAUUCGCACAACUUAAAAAAUAUUUCCAAGUCGGUGGUACUCCUGAGAAUGUAAUUGAAUUAUUAUCAAAAAAUUACAUUGGUGUAGCUCAAAUGGCAAAUAUGGUAGCCGAAUGGCUUUUACUUGGAGGUGUUGCUGUUGGUGAAGUGCAAUCAUUUGUUGAAAACCAUCUCAAAGAUAUGGUGUUAAAAACAUUUGAUCCCAAAAAAGCUGAUACUAUAUUUAGCGAAGAGGGAGAAACGCCAGCGUGGUUAACAGAAAUGAUAGAGCAUAAAAUAUGGAGAUCGUUAAUUUAUAGAUUAGCCGAAGAGUAUCCAGACUGUCUUAUGUUGAACUUUACUAUUAAGUUAAUAUCGGAUGCUGGCUAUCAAGGUGAAAUUACUAGUAUUUCUACUGCAUCUCAACAAAUUGAAGUUUACUCUCGUAUACUGAAAAACUUCAUCAGUGAAUCAAUAAAAACAUCUACUGAAAAAAGGCAUAACACAAUACAAGAAUGCGCUAAAAUGGUUUGUCAUAGUCAACAUACAUACGUCUUUACUUUAGUAGCUCUUCAGGUUUUGGCCAAAGAAUCUAAUGGAGGUGUUAAUAUGAAAAGAUUUGCUCAAGAAAUUACUCGUUGUGCCCAAGAAAGGAACGAUGUCACUCCUAUAACUAUGGCAUUAAACGGUGCCGCUCCAUAUGACCAACCUUGUGCCGCAUUGAGCUCUAUGUUAUCCAGAAACGCUCUAAAUCCUGCUGAUAUUAGUGUACUUCAUAAACACUAUUCAUCUGCCGAUUCUCCUCCCGUCAGUUUACUACGAAUACCACAAUUUCUCGAACUUUUAGUCCAAGCAUUAUUUAAACCCGGUAUGAAAUUAAAUCCAGAGUAUAAACCAAAAUAUAUUUAUCUGUACGCGUAUUCGGCAAGUGUUUACGAAGUGACUUCUGGUAAAAAAAGGAAAGUAGUUAAUAAAGACGAUUUGAAGUCAACAAUACAAGCUGUCGAUAAGGUUCAUAAUAUUUGUUACAUGAAUAAAGGAUCCACCGAGUUGAUAGCCGAAGUAGCUACUAUCUACCAAUGUAUUAGAUAUCCAGCGGUUGCCGUAGGCCUAAUUUGUUGGGUCGAAUACACCGUAAUGGAACCAAGUUUCUUUAAACUUUGCACUGAACAUACUCCUACCCACUUAGCUCUUUUAGACGAAGUUGUUACCUGUCAUCCACAAUUACAUAAUAUCAUUCUUAAAUUAUUUGUAUCACUCUUUGAAUCUAAACAAGACGAAUUAGAAAUUUUAGUACAUUUGGAAAUGAAGAAGAUGUUACUCGAUCGUAUGGUAAAUUUGUUGUGCUGUGGAUGUGUUGUACCAGUUAUUAAGUACAUUGAACAAUGUUGGCAUCGUGGCGAUACUGAUAUAUCAUUAAUACGAUACUUUGUUACAGAGGCUCUUGAAGCAGUUUCACCCCCUUAUUCGGUUGAAUUUGUCGAUUUAUUUUUACCUAUAGUUGAAAAUGAAGAAAUAACCGGUACCAUGAGAUGCGAUGGUGAUAACGAUCCAGUUUCAGAAUUUAUUGUACAUUGUAAGGGAAUGACAAUUUAGAGGAAAAUAUAAUUAUUAUAUGAGCAUUUUUUGUUUUUCAAAAUUGUUUUGUAUAGUUAAUUUAUAUUUUUAAACUGACUAUAAUUUAAAUAUUUUUAUCAUUAUAUAACUCUUUAUUUAAAAAUUAUUUUGUUCACUUAUGUAUUUAAAACAUAAUUUUGUAAAUAAAUUAGUCUUGUAUGGUAACAAAUAAUUUACUCACUUUUGUGUAAAAAGUUUAUAGUAACAAAAUAUACAAAAUUAACUCGAUAA